CUCAACUUUGACUUCAACUCAUCCAUCUCGAACCAAAUCAACAAUUCACCAACUCAACGAACAAAGAAAUCUCAAACUAAACUAUCCGACUCAUCGUUCUUCAAAAUGCCACCACCUUCUUCGUUCACUCAAUUAGUAGUCGUCGCCCUCUUGGGAUCUUGUUUCAUCUUUCUAUCUUCAUCAUCAAACAAACCUCAAUCUCAAAUCACUUUCUCAACACCAUCUCAAUCAGUAGAAGCAACAACAUCAAUGUUUCGAAUUGCCAUCAUCGGAGCUGGUGCAGCUGGAACAUCUACUUCAUUCUUUCUAUCUCACCUUUUACAAUCUUCUAAUCAAGCUCAUCAACUCUCAACUGAAAUCUUUGAAAAUUCAACUUAUAUUGGUGGAAGAAGUACGAUAAUUUAUCCAUUUGAUUCAGAAUUAUUUGAACCUAUUGAAUCAGGUGCAAGUAUAUUUGUCAAAUCAAAUUUAAAUUUAAAUAAAGCGAUCAAACAAUUCAAAUUGAAACUCAAAACUUUUGAUGAGAAUGAUGGUGGUAAUCUUGGGAUAUGGGAUGGUACUGAAUUUGCUUUUCGAGAGACUGGUCAAAGUUGGUUAGAUACAGCUAAGAUGUUUUGGAGAUAUGGUAGAGCUCCGUAUCAGCUGAAUGGUAUUAAGGAUGAAAUGAUCGAUCGAUAUAAGGCAAUCUAUGAAUCUGAAUUUAUCACAAAGGGUCCGUAUUAUAAUUUAAGCGCUUGGGCUGAGGCUAGUCAGUUAGCUGGACUUUUACCACUCUCUGGUAGCAAGAAACUCAUCGAGGAACAAGGCAUCAAUGUUCAAGCUGUCAACGAAUUAGCUGCUGUAGCUUGUCGCGUGAAUUAUGGACAAGAUAUCUCUGAUAUACACGCGUUAGGGACAUUAGUCAGUUUAGCUGGUUCGGAUGGAAUGAGUGUGAAAGGAGGAAAUCGACAGAUUUUUGAAAAGUUUGCAAUUGAAAGUGGUGCGACUGUUCAUCUAGCUCACCAAGUGACAAGAAUAUCCAAAGUGAAACCUUUGAACGCCGUUACGGACGAGAGAUCAAAGUACACGAUUUCAUAUAGGGAUGCCAAUAAUCAUUCUUUAACAUCCGAAUCUGGUCCAUUCGACGCGGUGAUCAUAGCUGCUCCAUUCCAUCAAACUGGAAUCGAAUUCGAUACGGCAGAUGUUUCGUCAAAGAUUCCAAAUCAACCUUAUGUUCACUUACACGUUACUUUUGUCAUCACGAAUGCCACGACUCCAUCUGGGAAAUUCUUUGGACUACCAGCAGAAGAAGAGAUGCCAAAGACGAUUUAUUCAACAAUGAUGAGAAACGUACUAGGUAAAGGACAAAGACCGAUCUUCAACAGCCUUAGUUAUCUACGGAACAUGGGCCCUAAAGUUGGUGUGAUUGGUGACUUACAUAUUGUCAAACUGUUUUCAGAGGCUACACUGUCAACUGAAACCUUGGGAGAAAUCUUCAAUUUGCCUCAAAAUUUGAUCUGGGUCAAAAGAAUCGAAUGGGAUGCUUACCCAGUUUUGAAUCCGAUCGUUGAUGUAAACCAAUUAGCUCCUAUGAAACUUGAUGAAGGCCUUUAUUAUAUCAAUGGAUUCGAAAGACUAAUGAGCACUAUGGAAACUGAAACACUAGCGGCUUGGAACGUUGCUGAUAUGAUUUCUAAAGAUCUUUGGAACUUUCAUGCUAAUCAAUCUUGGGCGUCUGAAUAAUCAAACUGCGUCAAAUCAUUUUCAGAAUCACACAUUUUUUUGCAUUUUAUGUAAGUCAAGCUCUGUAAACUUAGUGUACCUAAAAAAGUUUCAAAAUCAUGAUGAGACCCGUGGUGUUAGUUUCUGGUUAUUUAAUUUCUUAAAGGUUUGUAUGAGUUGAAGAAGUAUAUGUAUAUACCUUAUUGAAUGUAUUUUUUUACCCCUAUCAUCGUUCAUGCAUUUUGAAGGUUCCUGCUUGUUUUUUUGUUGUUGAUGAUGAUGAUGAGUUGAUAACCAUAAGUUGAUCAUCCUGAACUUUCCAUUUUUC